GCACCACAACAGACGGCUGCUGGCGCGUAUGGCUUGUCUGGCAUAGCCACACCCCGGCUAUUUGGCUAACGACUCCGACUGCCAUGACUAGCGGUCAGCAGUUUCUCACUGUGGCCUCUGCAAACCGUCGGGAAUCGGAGAUUUGCACUUCAGCCCAUUCAAGGUCCUCCAACACAAUACACUGAUGUACUGUGAUAAGAGGUGUUCACAACAUGACUUACAAGUUUGUAAUCAACCUCAGGCAAUAGGAACGUGUUAAUUGCAAUAGCUUGCUUUUGCUGCGUUCUUCUAACGGGCACACCUAUGCAGCAUGACAGGAUUUCUACAAGCUAUUAUUCAUUGUACUUGCAUUUGGUCAUUCCUGUCUUGUCUCCUCUCUUUUUAUACCAUCUCUAUAUUAACCAUUGCCCAGUUCGAAGAAUUUUUUAAUUUACUUGUCAUCCCUUGUGCUACCACUUUUUGUCACCUUUCUUUUCACCAUUCCUAUGUCAGAUCGAAUGAUUAAUGUGGUGUUAAAUAGUCACUAGUUGUUUGACUGUGAUAUGAAUUUGGCAACUGGCAACUAUAGCUACAUGUAACUGCCAUUUUUGUAUCUGCGGUUUGUACUUUAGGCAUCCUGGUUAUAGUUUGUUUGAAUGGAGAAAGUUGUGUGACAGUCUACCUCACAGUGCAUCCCAACCCUUGCAUAUAAGUUUGGCUGAAUUAUCGUUGCACAACACCGAUGGAGACUGCUGGACAGCCAUAAGAGGUAAAGUGUACAAUGUGACAAGAUUCCUGAAGUACCACCCAGGUCGAAAGGCUCAGCUUAUGAGAGGUGCAGGUGUUGACUCAACAAAGAUUUAUGACAAGGUCCACUCCUGGGUUAAUGAGGAGGCCAUUCUCCAAAAAUUUUUCUGUGGAUAUCUGACACCCGGAGAAGGACCAGUAUUCAACAAAUUCCGAGUGAGUUCUGUUGAAAGUAUUACCCACAACACCAGAUUAUUUGCUCUGGAGCCACCACCUGGUAUGAAGUUCCACGUUCCUGUUGGUCAGUUUGUUAGGCUAAAAGCAUCAAUCAAAGGUGAAACAGUAGUGAGAGAAUAUACACCUGCAGUAAGUAUUGUGGAUUCUAACAAGGAACACCUUAAGCUUAUGAUAAAGAUCUACCCUGAAGGAAAAAUGACUCAAUAUCUCUCUACAAUUCAAACUGGAGAUCCACUACUCAUCAGUGAGCCAGCUGGUUCCUUUUGUACUGAUUUGGUGAACUCAACUAAAGAACUGGUUCUCAUUGCUGCAGGAACAGGUUUGACACCUAUGACCUCCAUUCUUAACAUCAGAUAUCACCAAAAGAAAGAACUUCAGUCCACACUGCUCUUGUUUGCUAAUAAAUCUGAAGAGGAUAUUUUGUGGAGGGAUAAGCUAGAACAAGUCUGUCGUUUAUCACCCCAAUUUGGAGUUGUACACAUUUUAUCAUCACCAUCUUCAAGCUGGAAAGGUGUAACUGGAAAAAUAUCCCUCUCACUACUUGCUACGCAUCUACCCCAGCCAUUGAUGACACAAGAAUCUGUGUCAGUGGACCACUACUCUUUUCUAGAACUAUGUGGGAGUAAG